AAACAAACAAAAUCAUAUUGCAUGGAUAAAAUUCCAGUAGUUGAACCAGGAGCUCAAUUUUUUGCAAGAGUUACAAAUCGUCCAUCAAUAACAGACUUAGACAUGAAAAUAUUUCCAAAUGGUUUAACAAAUAAAGAAACAAUUGAAAUAUGUGGUAACAUAUCAAGUGGUAAAAGUAUUUUACUAUCUCAAUACAUUGCUAAAACAAUACUGCUAAAAAAUUACAAUGACAAAAAAAUUGAAGGUCUUGAUGUUGGUGUAUUAUUAAUAAACAAUGAUCAUCACAUAAAAUUAACAAAGAUAAUAUCAAUAAUGAAAACAAUAAUAUCUAAAAACAAUAUAUUAUUAGAUUUUGAAAUUGAUGAUAUUAUUAAACAAUCAUUGUUGAAUAUUAAAAUAAUAAGUUGUUAUGAUUGUAAACAAUUUUUGUUUACAACUGAAGGACUUGAUACAAAGCUAUUGAAUAAUAAAAAAAUAGGUCUUGUUGUUGUUGAUAGUAUAACUGCAUUUUAUUGGCAAGAUAGACAACAUGGUGGUCCAUGGAUAAUUGAUGAUUAUGCUAAAACAUACAUGAAGACAAUUCAAAAACAUACGUAUCAUUCAAAAAUUCCAUUAAUUUAUGUUAAACCAACUGAUAUUACGUCAACAUUAAAAGAAACAAUUGUUCUAUCAGAUGAGCCAACAAUUGGAAAAAUAAAUAAACGUAUUAAAUUGCAAAGAGAUGAAAAACAAAAUACAUUUAAAUGUUUUAUUGAAACAUUAAAUUCAACAAAUGAAAUUGAUUAUACGAUUGAUAUUAAUGGAAUUAAUUGGAUUUAA